UCGGUGAUCCGACAACGCUUCCACAUAUGUGAAAGGUUGAUUAUGCAGUUCCGAUGAUGGAAAUUAAGAUGGACAGGAAGUCUUGAGUGUGUCCCAGUCCAUUCAACAUGGAAAGUCCGCAAUCUGUCACCUCGGAAAGUUGCGUCGCUCCUUCGGAGAACAACUCGGGCGACAACGACUCUUUCCAUGACACUUCAAAUGAUCACCCAAAAGAAAAGGAUGCAGAUAUGGAAGAUGCUCAGAGAACUGGGGAAGAAGUCCAAGAAUUAUUUGUACCAGCUACCAGUGAACUACAGCAUGGCUAUAGAAUCCUUCGUGAGUUGAUGGCGGAUGGAAAUAAGUCUGUCAACUGGCCCUUCAUGGACGCUGUUGACAGCGAUGCGUAUGGACUUCACGAUUAUUACGAACGUGUGAAACGGCCAAUGUGGCUUUGCAAAAUGAGAGACAAAUUUGAGUCUGCUGAAUAUGAAACAAUAACCCAAUUUGUGGCUGAUUUUCGUCUGAUGUUGGAAAAUUGUUAUCGCUACAAUGGUCCAGAUCACUAUGUUUCAAAGCGUGGUCAGCGCCUGGAAACAAUGCUGGAGCAGAAGUUGGCAUUACUGUCAAGAGACUUAAGAGAGAAGACAAGUAUUGCUGCAACUUCUGGAAAACUCUCUGAGCAAGCAAUGACUCCUUAUGGAUCCAGUUUAAGGCGACGUGGCAAGAACAUUGCCCCUCAUGAUUCCUCGGCCUUGUUAAAUCAGUUGCGCCAUGAAGAGGCUUUGCGAGAACGGGAGUCUAGGAAACAACAAAUCCAGGAGCGCCGCGCUGCACAGGAAGCCAUGGUUCAGGAGCUUCUUGACUGGGAGGAACACUUGCUGGAAGAGCCAAUCAUAACACAGCUCAAACAUUUGUGGGAGUUGCCCCAGAUUGGAUUGUUCCUGUUUCUCUGCCAAGAGCCCCUCAACAUUGGAGAGGUGGUACAAUAUGAAUUGGAGCGCUGUUUUGCCAUGGCCAAGGAAAGCUCUACAUUACAGGCUGUGAUGACUACUCUACUAAGUACACCUUAUCAGCGAACAAGGCUGGACAAGAAGCCCAUGAUGCCGUACAAAGUGUGGGAAGAAAAGUUGCGUGUGCGACUAGCACAGUGGUAUAAAGUAUUAGCAGACAGUGGAAGCGAUAUAGAAAUGGCUGCCACGAAGUUAGGAUUGGACCCUUAUUUAUUUACUGUUAUAGGAAAGAAAAAUCCUCUCUUGAAGAAGAAAUACCACGAAUUAAGUUAUUAUAGAAAGAUAUGGAUUGUCAAGUCUCUCUGUGAUCAUUGUUUGGCUACCCAGGAAUCAAUCCGCGAUGCCAUAGAGUCCCAGCCAAUAGAAGAACAGAGGGAGUAUAUACUUGGCUAUGAUUCACAGGGGAAUACCUACAUGCAUUUCCCCCAGUUUUGUGGUGCAGACUUGAGGGUUUAUAAACAGGCUCCUUUCCCUCAUCCCAAGAUGGAUCCUGUGAUUGAACCCCCUUCUCCAACCCCACCAGUAGCCCCCAGUUCUCCUGGCAAGAGAAAGCAUAAUCACAGUUCAAAAGCAAGCAUAAAGAAGAAAAAGAGACGGAAAGCCAAAGAGAAGGCUGCUGUAGCCCCAGUACCUACUUCCAGGCCAAGCAGACUUAGACAGCAUAUUAAGACAGUAUUACCUGUGGGCCAGGUAGAGUCAAGCAGUUCAGAAAGUGAGACAGACGGUGAAACGGGAGUUAGCAGUGUGAGCAUGGAUGAGUCCAGCACAUGCAGCAGCAGCUAUGCCAGCUCUAGCACACGCUUCAGCGUCAAGAGCAGACGCAGGUUUAAUGGCAGUGUGAGCAGCAAGGACAACACACCAGAACCUCCGUCAUUCCGAGGGAAAAUACGAAAACCACGAGAUUACGACACAAAACUCACUUGCCACUCACCGUUUUCAAAAGCUAAUCUGGAGGACGGAGGCAGGAGCAGUAAAGAUGUCACUCCUGAACGUACAGUAUCCAGCAGAAAAAGGAAGGGAGGGCGUGCACAAGGGAGUGACGCAAGCUGUGACUCCCCCAUUCCAAAAUCAUACCAGGAAACAACUGAUCAGUCACAGCAGACUAACGGUACAAGCUCCAACUGUGAUACAGAUAAAUCAGAAAAUGUGGAGUUGGUGGAACCUCCAGAAAGCAAACCCACUGUGAACAAUAGCUCAGGUAAUGAAAAUUGUGUCCAGGUUUCUGAACCAGCCGAUCAUGAUGACAGACUUGGUAGCUAUGAUAAGCUGGAAGACUCUCAAACUACUAAUAAGUCUUCAGCUUCGAAAUUUAGCAUUAGGUAUGAUGACAUGUGUAACAGCAAAGUUAAUGCUUCACAGAAUGGAAAAGUUCAGACAAGGAUCAAGCCUGGUAUGGAAGGUGCCAACCAUAAUAAUACGCCCAAUACUGACUUAGUGUGCAAGGAAAUGGAUUCUGAAGAGAAAUAUCAUACAAAUAGGCUGCCAGAAGUAGGCUUGGUAUCCAGUGCAAAGACAGACAGUGAAAGUGUGAGUCUUAAAUGUGAAGAGGGUAGCAUCUGUGAUACCAAACCAGGUGUUACACUUGAAGACACGAUGGAUGUAAAACCUGUCAGAAAUCGUAAUGAUGGCAUCACCAUUACUAACUGUAAAGCUGAUGGUUAUGAUUCAAAGACAGUGACUGAAUUCAAAAAUGAAGCUAAUAAUGUAGAAGAGAAUGUUAAGAUAGAAGACAGUAAAAUGGACACUAAACCAUGUGAUUCAGUAAACAAUUUUCCAGAAAGUUUAGGCAAACAGACCAGUAUUAAACCAGAAAUGAAACAGGAAGAAGACAAAGGGACAUGUUCACUGUCCUUGCUAGCAAACAUGGCUGUUGCUAAUAUGUCCUGUUAUUCUGGCAGAGAAAGUAGUGAUGUCAAAGGAGCUGUGACAGAUUGCAAGUCAGAGAAAGACAGUGAAUCUGGCAUUGACAAAUUUACAUCUGCAGAACACGUAGAGAAUGAGAAGCAUGCUCUGAGGCCUAACAAUAAUUGUGACGGUUUGAAUUAUGAACCUAAAGAGAAUUGUUUAGCAGAUAAAUAUCAAGACAAAACCAAGAUGGAUGCGCCGACUGAUGAGGAAAGGGAGACAAGUCUGGCUGAAGACACUGCCUCCAAAGAUGUGGUGAUGGAGGAGAAGGCAGCUGCUGAAGAGGAGAUGGUGGAGGAGGAGGAAGAUGUCGAAGAGGUGACUCCCAACAUUGGUCCAUUUAGCAUGAUAGCUGACAAUGUUGAGUGUCUGAGACAGCUGACAGAGCAGUUUGCUGAGCCAGAGCCUGUGGUGACCACUGGGAGGGGCAAGCGAGGCAAGGUGACCAAGCCUCCAGUGAGGAAGAAAUGUGUAACAGAACUGUAUGAUAGGCUGGUGUUUCUAUUGAAAGAACUGGAACCAUGGGAAAGCAAGCUUGUUCAGGCAACAAAACGAGCACGGGCCAAGUUGAGGAAGGAGAAACAGGACUAUGUUGAUGAAGAGGAGGAAAAGAAACCUGUGGAGGAUGUGUGGGAGAGCGAGGAGUCUGCUUCUGAGGAGGAGAGCUCUAGUGAGGAGGAGGAGGAGCAGCGGCAACAACAGACUGAGGCUUCUGCCAGACUUCCACAGAAGGCAGAGAAGAAGGCCAGGAAGCAGGAGCUAGACAUGGACACUGGGUCAGGGAGGAACACACCUGUUGAGGAUGAAACCUCAAUGAGUUCUCGGGGAAGGUUACGCAAACGAAGGGUCAUACCCAAUAACAGUGAGGAUGGUCCAAAGAAACGCAAAGCUGUGAAGAACGUAGAGGAGAACUCACCCACCAGCAACCACGUUCCCAAUAUUCUACAAAAGCAUCAUGGCAUAAACUCACAGAAUCCAGUGAUCCGCACCAUCCCAAUGUCACUGCUUGAACAGUUAAAACUGCCAGCAUUGAACUCUGAUCUGAAAAACCAAACCAUCCCAGCAUCUAUGUCAGCGAGUCAAAUGCUUCUGCGAGCAAAUUUGUCAUCAAAACAGAAUCUGUUGUCCUCAGCAUUGUCUGCUAAAAGUGUUACAAACAGUUCAGCUUUGUCUGCUGAAGCUGUUCAGCGGAUCAUGAAAGCAGUGCCAAACUCUGGUACUUCACAUCCAGUCAUACAACAGCUUCUGGCUAAGAAAGCACCUGGUGUCAUUGCGGAAUCGGAAAAGUCACCACCGUUCAGUGUGCAGGUUAUACCCUCUUCAUCUGCCAAACAGUUAGGACAAACCUCUACUGUCAUCUUCAGUGCAACCCCUUCCUCAAAACCUCCCUCAAGUGUUGUAACACCACAAGCGAACACUCUGGCCCAAAUACAAAUAGCUGGAAACAAAAGUAGGAAAAUCGAGAUUGCCAAACCCAGACCCACAGCUGUUCAUCUCACGGUGCCAAGUCCAGGAAAAGGUGGGCCUGCAGCAGGCAAAGUUCAACAUUACAAUGAAAAUGUGCUUAGUACUUUGCCACCUGGUGUCAUCCAAGAGUUGUUGAAAAACCAGGCGUUCAGAAUACAGACAGUGUCUACAGGUAAGGCUGGGAGUAGUGCUGUUACUGGUGCAAUCAUUCUGUCCCCAACGGGCAAAGAUGGGAAGCAGACAUUAACUCUGACUGGUAUGGUGCCAACGUCUACAGGUCAGCCUUCUGCAUUUCAUCAUCCUGUUGUGACAAAACCAACUCUUCAAAUGGGCACUCCAUCUGCCGUUCUGACUGCACAAUCUACUUCUACACACACACUUCCCACAGCACCUGUUGGCACUGUAAUAUCUCCAGAUCAUUCUCUCAAACUCAAAGUUCCUACUUCUCCCAACAAGCCAAAGUAUGCUUGUCAUGUCACUGUUAAAAGUCUUCUGCAGGACAGAGCGAAAAAAGCUUUAGAACUUGGCUCAGAUGUCCUCAAGGAUGACUCAGAAGAAAGCGCAAAGGAAGCUUUUGUACCAUCUGCGGCCCAGGUGCUGUCAUUGGCAUCAGAAGUGGGACAGCAGCUGCCUGGGGUCCUUGAAAUGUCAAAGUCAGAACUGAACACUCAGCCAAUAGUGGUCACAGUCAACACAGGGAUCAAAGGGCUACCACAAACGUUGAAACUGCCCAGUAAGGAAACAUUAGACUCUGCGGUGCAAGCAGUAGUUACCUCCGUGAAAACCACCCUUCCAACUGCCCAUCUGAAAGUGCCUGCUCCUUCAACUAUGCCAUCAAUUCAACAGAGGAAAAACGUCACAAAAACUAUACAGAGCAUGAAAGCUCCUAUUCCUGUCAUUAAUGCCUCAACUUCAAGCGAUUCAUCAAAUUCGCCUUUAUCAACAACUUCUGCAACUGCAUUUAUGGUUGGAAAUGUUCCGCAGAGGAGAAAUACAGUCGUCAUGAACACCAAGCCUGCCAUGCAUCAAAUACCACAGACAGCUCUCACAGCAUCAACAGGGAUUCCUGGUCAGUCCAUGACCCCUGUUUUGAAAGCAGGAAUCCCCACAGCAACUAUCUCAGGCCAAGCACUCGGAAUCAAGAACCAAGUGCAAAACAGUGUUGUUCCUCCAAACAGCACUUUGUUGAAAGUAACUCCUCAGACUUUCAUGACAUCUCAAGGACUGGUUCAAGGGUUUCUAACCCCACAAGGCUUAGUCAUACCCCAGGGAGCCUUGCAGCAAGGCUCACCCACGUCAGCCAAGCAAGUCCUUGUAGCCAAUCCACAAGUAUUACAGAACAAGGCUGGAGUGCCAGGAGCUGAGAGUAUUGCGAUAUCAGCAGCUAACCAAGCAUCAAUUCAUGGAAAAGUUGUCAAGCCAGCUAUGCUCCUGUCCUCAGUAGUGAAUCCACAAACCAGUUUGACAUCUGCAUCUGUAACUCAACUCCCUGUAACACCAAACAGUGUUAGCCAGCCCCAGACCUCUCCACACACUACUCUAUCAUCUGCUUCCUCGUCUAAACUCCUGCUUCAAGCUGUCAACACUGUUUUGCCUAACAGGGUCACUCCAGUGUCCUCAGCAAGUGUGGUUUGCAUGAAGGCCAGUUUGGAUGCGGCAAGUCCAGAGAAAGUUCUCGCAACCAAUUCUUUGAUGAGUGGCAUGAACAUCAAAAUUGAUUCUCAGUGUUCAAAAAUAUCAGGAGAUCAUGUUCCUAAACCAGUAACUAGUGUGAAUUCCAUGCCUGAAAUUCUUCACAUCAACCAGAAGGGUGAUGGUAGACAUACAGUGAUACCUGGCACAGCCAUCACCGAUGGGACUAAAGCAUGUGUGGCCACCAUGUCUAGUCAGCGUGUGCCUGCUCAUGUUACAUCCACAGAAGCAUCUCAUUCUAUGACUCCCCUUGUGGUUCUUCAGCAGCCAGACACCUCAAGGAAACCAGAGGGUGGUUUGCCAGCAGCUCAGGUCCUACUUUCCUUGAGUCAGGGUAUGCAGCAGACUGGCAAAGGUGCUUCACCCAAAAAGGAUGCGCCAGCUCAAGUGACAGUGAAAAACAAGGCUCCCAGGAAUGCGACUUUAAACAAUAUACAAGCUAUGAACCAGGCCUCAGUGCUGAACAUAACCAGUCAGACUGGUGGAAGUCCGCAGAAACUGUUGCUUCUCAGUAUUGGUGGAAAUUUGUACACCUCUCAGGGUAUUCCGGUCACAUUGGAAAACGGAGUUUUGAAAAUUGCAAGUACAGUCCCCAGCCAAGAAAGCAAAGUGCUGCAAGCCAUCAGCCUGAGUACAGCGGCACAGCCACAAGUGAACCAAGGUUUGAGGCAAUCGUUGGUGAGUUCUGUUCAACCACAAUAUGUCCAGAUACCAUCUACAGUUGUUCAGGAUAUGGUAUCACCAACCAAGGCUACUGUGCAGUCAGCUUCAAAACCAACAGUCUUGCAAGCACAACCUGGUGUUUCGGCACCCGGAUUACUGGCAAAGAUAACGAGCACCAUUCCUAUGCAGCAAGUUUUGAUGGCUAAACCGAAAACUCCUGCACAGACAAACCUUUUGAACAAUGGCCCUGUCGUCGUAAAACAGCUCCUCGCUUCACCCACAAAAGAUCUUCACCCUCAGCCUUUAUCCCAGUCCCAAACUGUCAACAUUUCUCCAAACAGACUUCUGACUCUACCCACCCCAUCUAACCAGCCUGUUCAGCUGGUUGGGGUGGGUAGCCGGCAACAAACCAUCACAAACAAGGGGCAUAUAAUCCAGAUGAUGGUUCCUCAGGCACUGUCAGGAGGAACUACUGUGAUGGGCAGUGUGGUAGCUAAGGAUGCUCAGCUACAGAAAUCCAUCGUAAUAGGUCCAGGAGGCACAGUGAUCAACCAUCAAGGACUGACUAACACAGCACCCGGUCUCAAGCAGCUGUCCACAGAACCGGUCAGAUCUGCUCCCCUGUUGUCUCCCAAGAAUGCGACAUCUGGACAACCAGUGCUUUCACCUCAGAAAAUUUCACCGAAAUCCCCUGUGACUGGAGUACAACUUGUGGGCAGCUAUGGGACUGCUCACUCAGCACAAAAUCAUCCAGUUGUUUUCCAGAUGGUAUCACCCAGUAGUAGUACAGCAAAAGUGACUUCACCGUGGAAACAAGGAGCCAAUCCUGGCCUAACCAGUGCAGUGAUAAAUGCCCAACCUGUCCUUCAGAAUGUUGUGGUACAACAGAACAGGGUUGCUAUGAACAGCUCCUUAGUUGGAAAUAUUCCUUCUGUUGGAAUACAGACUUCAUCAAACAGUGCUGGAUCCGUACAUGUCAACUUACCAAGUCCACAAUUGGUACCUGAUACAACUAAAACAAAGCCGUCUUAAAACUUACUCGCGUAUGAACCAGAAUCCAAUGCAGUACGUACCUGUUUCCAAAUUUCAUAUCUGGUGGAGGCUUAGAAUAUAGAGCUGCAAAAUUUAUCUGUGUGAUGUGUUUGAAAACUUUCAUUAAUACACCCGCUCUCUAUUUGGUGGUUUUGUAAUUCGUCGUUUUUUCUAUUCAUUUCAUUGCUACACUGAUAUGCUGUUUGGUAACUCCAGUACAUCAAUAAAAGCUGCUAGAAUGGAAACUUAAUAGAAAACCUCUUCACUUUGCAGUUUCUACGACUCCGGUUGCUUAAAAACUGUUUUCAUUAUUGUUAGUGUGUUGUUUUGAGAUUUUCUUCUCUCAGAUUGUUGAGCACUCUGCAUUUCAGAAGAAAAGGGGAGAGUGGUAGUAAAAAUUCUUUUUUAUGUGGGGACUAAAUAAAUUGUCUACUCGUAAUUUUUUAUAAUAUUUUUAGUUAAAUUUUCUCACGUCUUAUUUCGUAUGUAUAGAGUGCAGAAUGAGUAUCUGUAUAAUUUAUUUUUCUUUGUUUUACCAGUAGGUCCCCAGAUUUGUUCUUACCUUUUGGAUAUUAUGAGAAAUAACUGUAAACUUACUGGUGUUAAACCUCCAUUUUAUAUUUAAGUUAUGAUUAACAUUAAACCAUAAAUGAUUUGAA